GUUGGUAAAUUCCGUAUAAUAAAAAUAGUUCGUCGGUAGUGGGUCGUGGGUGGUUAUAUCUUUAUAAUAUUUUCUGUAAAAGAUUGAGGCUAUAUGCAUCUUUAAUUUGUUUUUAAUAAUCUAAAAGAUUUAAUUUUUAUUCUGUUAUCAAAUUUGACGAAAAUGCCGAACUUAUCAAAGGGUAAAAAAUCACAUACAAAGUUAAAAAGUUUUAGAGAUAACGAUGAGUUUUUGUCUCGUAUUUCCAAAACUCUUUACUAUUCUAAACGGCCUGUUACAGACUGUCUUAGUUUACCAGUUACAGAAUUUGCAGCAGAAUUUUUUACCGGAGUGAAAUGUGGUAGAACGCUUGAAAGAUUAGAUGUUGAAGAAGCUAGUCGAAUCUCUCGAAAUGCUUGCGUAUCACCAUGUUCUUUUGUUUUGGCGCUCUUGUAUCUCGAACGAUUAAAGGAUUGCAAUGCUGAAUAUUUGCAACGAGUCGCACCAUCGGAACUAUUUCUCGUUACUCUCAUGGUGGCGAGUAAAUUUUUACAGGAUGACGGAGAGGAAGACGAAGUUUUUAAUGCAGAAUGGGCCAAAUCUGGAGACUUAACAAUCCCAAAAAUGAAUAAUUUAGAAAAAGAAUUUCUCAAUGCAAUUGAUUGGAGUGUUUUUGUUCACAAUAAAGAUUUCUGGGAUCGACUUCAUAAAUUAGAAAGUGAUUUGGCAUAUAAAGAAGGAAACAGACGAGGAUGGUUUUCCUACACUGAACUGCAUUGUUUAAUGAAUGCGGUUCAAUUGUUGCCUGUUAUUCAAGCUUUACUUAGUGUCUCCUCUGUUUGUCUUGCUGCCUAUGUAGCCGGCGUUGCAACUAUUUUAGGUUCAGUUAUAGUUGCCAGCCAUCUACCUGGAACGGUCUUUAUGUCAAGAAGAUUAUCACGAUGUAACGAUUUGUCCUCCGACGUCGACUAUAAACUUUUCACUGAAUGUCAAUCUUCUAAUGUGAAUACAAAUUCGGCAAUCCUGUCAUCAACAAACAAUACAUUGUCCACAACGAUCUAUAAUAAUUCACGGCUUGAAAAUAUUAUUGAUUUAAAUAAUCCAGAUUUCGUUGAAUAUCCAACGUGGGAUCGCUGGUCAGAUUCCACGGCAACAUUUCUCUCAACAUUGGAUUUACAAUCGGAAUCAAUGAAUAAUCGCAAUCAAGUAUUCAAUGAUAUCAAUGAACUCUCAAUAAAUACAAAACCCCUUGAGACGGAUUUAUUUUUACACAAUAAAGACGAAUUGGCCACCAUUUUCAAUCGAAGAGAAAUUGACGAUCGUGGUUUUAAAUUGUCUUUACAAAAUUGGAGACAUUAUGUAAGUUUUAUUUCAUUGCGAUAGGAAAAAUAAAAAUUUAUUUUAGUCAUCUUUUUAAUAGUUGUAUCAAAUUUUAAAUUACCUCCUAAAUUAUUUAAAACAAAAAAAAAAUAUAUGUAUAUUUUUUGUACUAACUGUCAGGCCAAAAUAAUUUUUCAAGUAAAUAUAUUGAUAAUUGUGAAUUCAAAA